AUGUGCAGAGGAGUUCCCGUUUCCCUACCCACCAGACUUACACGAGUCCUCAAGGACUACCGGAACUCUCUCAUGGGAGGCAUCCCGGGUGCCUUGUGGGACCCUGAUCAGGGUAUCGUCAUGCUUCCUUGGCCAGAGCUGACUAGCACUUGGAUAUACGACAGCCAGGGAUACUGCGACGGGACAGUCAUCUGGAACGACUUGAUAUGCGACAUCCGUCGAGGCCACCUGUCUGACGAGGGCGGCUCAAGACAUACCGCAAGGUCUCGGAUCUUCCGUCUGUCGGAGGUGCCCCCAUCGAGGCGUCGCCUUCUCGUUCGGCGUCCCCCGCAUGCGCUGGGCCUGGGGCCCAACUCGACGUAUCUGAACUCCAUGCGCAAUGCCGGCCUUGUCGCAUCUCGCUCAUGGUCCAUGUACUGGGGCCGGGAGUACGCCGACGAUGACAUUGACGGCUCCAUCGUGGUGGGCGGAUGCGACUCGGAAAGGAUGAUUGGCGACAGGUACACCAUGCCGCUCGACUACGACGACUACGAGAACAGAUCGGGUUGCUGGACGGGCACGAAGGUCAACAUAUCCGAAAUCAUCCUCAACAGCCACGACGGUAGCGACGACACUAUCUAUUCCACGGCUGAACCACUCUCGGUAUGCAUCGUGCCUCAGAGACAGCUCCUCCCCGAGGCUCCCGGUGAUGUCUUCUCAUCAUCCGAGGAGACUACCGAUGCUAGGCCCUCCAAUAUCUCCUACGACCUUGGUUGGGAUGGCCACGUCUAUCUCGAGGAUGACUUAGUACCCAACUCCCAAUACAUGGUGCCCGGUGUAGAGAUCACCCGCGAGGGAGACCGCGCCGUGGACGACUCGAAGCGUGUGCUCCUCAUCAACGACAUGGGAGGGUCGGACGGACCAUUCACUCUCGGCAGGUCUUUCUCGACGGCAGCAUACCUCGACGUCGACCACGAAAACGGCAGUUUCUCCCUGUGGAAAGCUAACCCGACUUCCUCAUCCAAGCUCGUCAGCAUCGUGUCCGAAGACGCCGCCGAAGAAUGCUCCGGCAAGAUACUCAACAGUGGCAACGGCACGUCAGACGAUGGUCCUGACGCUCACAAGAAGACCAGCUCGGCUAUGCUGGGUGGUGCUAUCGGCGGGACCCUGGGUGGCGUGGCCAUCGCCAGUGCAGCAGCUUUCUUCCUCUGGUGCCGGAGAAGGCAGAUGGAGAGCUGGGAGAUCGACCCUAGCAUCCCCAUGAUGCUCGGCGACACGUUUAAGUCUCCCAUCGUUAUCCCCCAGACUUAUCAGGAGCUACCGGUGGCUAGCCAGCAUAUCCCCCGAGAGAUGGAGGGCGACGUCCCGUCUUACCAUGAGCUGGAUGGUCGGAGUGAGCUUGGACGGAAGGGCAUCGGCAAUGGCCCCUCUGCAGUAUCAGCAGAGCGAGCUCUGACGCCGUGA